CUGCUUUUUGGGGUCCCCUGGCUUGUGGCGGCCGCGCCCCCCGGGCCCCCCGCGGGCCCCGUCGAGGCCGACUUCGGCCGCGUGUACAGCGGCGUGGCCAGCGCCCGCUCGGAGGUGUUCUCUUUCCGGCUCCGCCCCGCCCCGGGACAGGUAGCUGCCAUGAGAGUCUAUGUGAACAGCUCGUCGGAGAACCUACUGUAUCCCGUCCUCUUCGUUGUGCGCCAGCAGAAGGGGGUGCUGUCCUGGCAGGUGCCCCUGCUCUUCCAAGGACUGCACCAGCAAACCUACAACUACCAGGAAGUCAGUCGGACCCUGUGCCCUUCUGAGCCAGCCAAUGAGACAGCAGGGACUUUGGAGCAACUAAUCUUCGUGGAUGUGGCGUCCAUGGCACCGCUAGGUGCCAGGUUCAACCUGCUGGUCACCAAAAUAAAGAACUUCCAGCUCCGGACCAACGUCGCUUUCUUCUUCACGGCCAGCCCCUCUCAGCCUCAAUAUUUUCUCUACAGUUUUCCUGAAGGUGUGGAUACCGUCAUCGUCAAAGUGGUGUCUGAGAUGGUCUAUCCCUGCUCAGUCGUGUCAGUCCAGGAUAUCGUGUGCCCUGUGUACGACCUGGAUCACAACGUGGAGUUCAGUGGCAUCUAUCAGUCCAUGACCAAGAAGGCCGCCGUGACCGUGCAGAAGAAAGACUUCCCCACGGAGCAGUUCUUUGUGGUGUUUGUAAUCAAGCCAGAGGAUUAUGCCUGCGGAGGACCUUUACUUGUUCCAGAUCAGGAGAACCGCACGUGGAAUCUCCAGCGAACCAAGACCCUCCAAGUGACCGUGGUGCCCUCCAUCCGAGAAUCCAUCUAUGUGAAGUCCAUACUCCUCAGCUUCCUGAUAUUCUUCUUCUUCUUCCUGGGAGCUCUGCUUGUGGCUUUGGGGCACUACAUCAGAGUACAGAGACAGCCUGGAGAUGGGGGAUUUGGCUCUGAUGACGGCUCUGGGAACACGGUGACCACCCACCCCAUCUCCACCAGCACUGCCGAAAGCAGUAACUAUGGGGCCAUAGAAGACUCGAGUUCCAGGGGGACCCAACAACUGUCUCCGGCAGAGGGGCGACCCCAGCGACCCCCGGACACAGACAGCUCAGUGGAGGAGGACAGCGACUUCGACACCCUGCCAGAUAUCGAGAGCGAUAAAAAUGUCAUCCGGACUAAGAUGUCCCUGCACCUGUCAGACCUGUCCAGGAAGGACCGCAGAAUCAUCAGCAAGAAAUACAAAAUUUACUUUUGGAACAUCAUCACCAUUGCUGUGUUCUACGCCCUGCCUGUGGUGCAGCUGGUCAUCGCCUACCAGGCUGUGGUGAACGUGACCGGGAACCAGGAUCUCUGCUACUACAACUUCCUGUGCGCCCGGCCCUGGGGCGCGCUCAGCGCCUUCAACAAUAUCCUGAGCAACGUGGGCCACGUGCUCCUGGGCCUCCUCUUCCUGCUCAUCGUCCUGCGCAGGGACAUCUGGCACCGGCACGCGCUGGGGGCCGGAGACAUCUUCGCCAUGGAGUACGGGGUCCCCAAGCACUUCGGCCUGUUCUACGCCAUGGGCGUCGCCCUGAUGAUGGAGGGGCUGCUCAGCGCCUGCUACCACGUCUGCCCCAACUACUCCAACUUCCAGUUUGACACCUCCUUCAUGUACAUGAUUGCCGGGCUCUGCGUGCUGAAGCUCUAUCAGGCGCGCCACCCGGACAUCAAUGCCAGCGCCUACGCCGCCUACGCCUCCUUCGCCUUCAUCAUCUGCCUGACUGUCCUGGGGGUGUUUGGAAAAAGCAGUGUGUGGUUCUGGGUACUCUUCUCUGCCAUCCAUAUCCUGGUAUCUCUUGCUCUCAGCACCCAAAUCUAUUACAUGGGCGUCUUCAAAAUAGACUUGGGCAUCUUCCGGCGGGCAGCUGCAGUGUUCUACACAGACUGCUUUCAUCAGUGCAGCCGGCCUAUGUACACGGACCGGAUGGUGCUGCUCAUCGUGGGAAACCUCGCCAACUGGUCCCUGGCUCUUUUCGGCCUGAUGUCUAGGCCCCGUGACUUUGCCUCCUACAUGUUGGGCAUCUUCAUUUGUAACUUGCUGCUCUACCUGGCCUUCUACAUCACCAUGAAGCUCCGCAGCGCCGAGAAGCUGCUCCCCAUUCCACUCAUCUGCAUCGUGGCCACGGCUGGGCUGUGGACUGCUGCCCUCUAUUUCUUCUUCCAAAAUCUCAGCAGCUGGGAGGAGACCCCAGCCGAGUCUCGAGAGAAGAACCAGGACUGUAUCCUGCUCGACUUCUUUGACGCCCAUGAUGUGUGGCACUUCCUUUCGGCCACUGCCCUGUUCUUCUCCUUUUUGGUCCUGCUGACGCUGGAUGAUGAUCUGGACCUGAUCCACAGGGACAAGAUCCCCGUCUUCUGAGGGUGGCGUGGGGAUGGACGUGGCUACUGGGACCAUCCUGGGGGUAUGAUGCCACUCAAACCCCGCUGCACGUGACAGGCCUCAGCCCUGCUGGAGCAGAGACACGGCCAUGACCACCUCUCUGGCUGCCCCUGGCCCCUGACAACCUCUGGUCGAUGCCAGCGCAGCAGGGGGCAUUGCAGCCUCCAGUUUAACCAACCUGAACCCCCGGGGCAGAGGUGACCCAGUGCCUGUGCUCAACCACCCAGGGUGUUCAAUGCCUGGAGACCCUGUGGUGGGGUGGCCACCCAAUUGGCUCAGCCCUGAAUGACAGUGCUCUGUCCACCUUCACCCUGCCUGGCACCCCUAAGCACAAAUGCACAAAACACGAAGGUCAAAUUCCAUUUUUUUAAAUAAAAUACUAUAU